GCUCGAAGCCCGACCCGUCGAGCGUCGCGCCAGCUCGCGCCCAUGCAGCUCCGCCGGCAACCGCUUCCCGCGCCACGGCCGGGGGACCCGUACCCCGCCGCCCCGCUGCUCGCGCUGCUCCUGCUGCUCGCCCUCCAGGGGGCGGCGGCGGCGCCCGCGGGGUCCGGGGAGCCCGAGGACUCCGGGUGGCGUCAGGACGCGGAGCCCCCGCGCGGGCUCCUGUCGCAGGCGGCGCGCGCGGCGCUCCACUUCUUCAACUUCCGCGCGAGCUCGCCCAGCGCCCUUCGAGUGCUGGCUGAGGUGCAGGAGGGCCGCGCGUGGAUUAAUCAAAAGAAGGAAUAUAAAGUUGACCUGGUGUUUACCACGGAGCUCUACAACCCAGAGGAAGGUAAGGAACAUCUGGGGAAAUGUUCUGCUCGAGUGUUUUUCAGGAAGGAGAAACCCAGACCAGCCAUUAAUAUAACGUGUACUCGGCUCAUUGAGAAGAAGACAAGACAAGAAGAAGAUUAUCAGCUCUACAAGUACAUGAAGCAACUUAAAAACCUCUUGGAUGUUGUCAGCAUACCUGAUAGUCAUGGACAUAUUGAUCCCUCUCUGAGACCCAUCUGGGAUUUAGCUUUUCUGGGCAGCUCUUACGUGAUGUGGGAAAAGACAACACAGUUUUUACACUACUACAUGGCACAGCUCAGCAGUGUGAAGCAGUGGAAAACAAAUGAAGAUGCAAUUGAUUUUGAUUAUACUGUUCUACUCCAUGAAUUCUCAACACAGGAAAUGAUUCCCUGUCAUAUUCACGUGGUCUGGUACCCCGGCAAACCACUGAAGGUGAAGUACCACUGUCAAGAGCUACAGACACCAGAAGAAGCCUCUGGAACUGAAGAGGCAUCAGCUGUGGCACCGACAGAGCUUAGUAAUUUCUGAAAAGCAAAAAAGAUCUGUUUAUACCAAAUUCUGAACAAAAUGAUUAUACUAAAUAGCCUAAAUCAUUAUUCUAGUAAAACAGCCAAGGUAUAAGGCAUUCUAAUAAUUUGGGAAAGCCUGUGAUUACAAGUAAAUACUCAAAAAUUAAAAGGUACUUUUAAUUUUUGUUUUUUUUAAUUUUUGUUG